AUGACGGUGCAGACCCCUUCCCGCGAGGUCCUGUGGACGCCUGAGAACCCGCGCUCCACUGUGAUGUGGCAGUUUAUGGAGCGCGUGAACAGCAAGUAUGGUCUCGAGCUCAAGGAUUACCAGGACCUGUAUAAGUGGUCCAUAGACAACAUUGGUCCCUUUUGGGAGGAAGUUUGGCUAUUCUCUGAGAUCAAGGCGUCCCGGCCAUUCGACAAGGUUCUUCCCACGGAGUCCAUGUUCCCCCGACCAGACUUCUUCUCCGGAGCCCUCCUCAACUUCGCCGAGAACCUCCUCUUCCCCCGCGACCCGGUCGACCCCACCUCCACCGCCGUGAUAACCCUCACCGAGCGCGAAUCCGAGCUCGUCGAGACCACCUGGGACCAACUCCGCGACGCCGUCCGCAAAUGUUCCAAUGCCCUCCGCCAAGUCGGCGUCAAGCCCAACGAUGUCGUCGCCGGCUUCGUCUCGAACCACCUCGAGUCCGUUGUGGCUAUGCUUGCUACCGCCGCCGUGGGCGCCCUCUGGACGGGUAUAAGUCCCGACAACGGAGUGAGCGCCGUGCUCGACAGAUUGGCGCAGAUCAGGCCUACGGUGCUGUUUUCUGAUAAUGGCAUGCUGUAUAACGGCAAGGAUUGGAGUAGUGUUCAUAAGACGCAAGAGAUUGCCGCCGCGCUGAAGGAUGUCGGGUUGAAGCAUGUCGUCGUUAUUAAUAACCUUAAGAGCGCUGGUUUGGGCCUGGGGGAGCUCAGGUCUCUGGGGUUGGAUGCUCAGGAAUAUGGGGCUUUCCUGUCCAGUGCCCCCGAUGGACCCCUCACGUUCGAGCAACUCCCCCCCUCCCACCCCCUCUACGUCCUCUACUCUAGCGGAACGACCGGUCUCCCCAAAGCCAUCGUCCACACUACCCUCGGCACCCUAAUCCAACACCUCAAGGAACACAGCCUCCACGGCUCCGUCACCUCCAAGUCCCGCAUGCUCUACUACACUACCACAUCAUGGAUGAUGUGGCACUGGAGCGUCUCCGCUCUCGCCACGGGCGCCACCAUCAUCCUCUACACCGGCUCCCCCUUCAAGCCACACGCGCACAUCUCCCUCCCGCGCCUCCUCUCCUCCCUCAAAGUCACCCACUUCGGAACCUCAGCCGCCUACCUCACCGCCCUCGAAGCCGCCAACGUCCUCCCCGUCAACGACCCGUCCCUCGACCUCUCCGCCCUGGAGGCAAUCUACUCCACCGCCUCGCCCCUCCCGCAAUCCACCUUCCGAUUCGUCUACAAGGCUUUUCCCAAGCGCGUUCAGCUCUCCUCCAUCACCGGAGGCACGGACAUCAUCUCCCUCUUCGGCGCCCCCUGCCCUCUCCUCCCCGUCUACACGGGCGAGAUCCAGUGCGCGGGCCUCGGCAUGGCCAUCAAGGCCGUUGACUCCGCGUCGGGCGACGACCUUGCUGCCGACGAACCCGGUGACCUCGUCUGCUUUAAGCCCUUCCCCUGCCAGCCUCUUACCUUCUUCGGCGCCGGCGGCGACGACAGGUACAAGGCCGCCUACUUCGAACGAUUCGCCGACCCCGCUACCGACGCGCCCAUCUGGCACCACGGCGACUUCAUCCGCAUCCCCCACCCGGAGGUCGGAAACCUCGUCAUGCUGGGCCGCUCCGACGGCGUGCUCAAGCCCUCGGGCGUCCGGUUCGGCUCGGCGGAGAUUUAUAACGUGCUGACGCGCUUCUUCGCCGCGGACGUCGAGGACGCCCUUUGUGUGGGUAGGAGGCGCGAGACGGAUACGGAUGAGACGGUGUGUCUUUUUGUCGUGCCUGCGGAGGGGAAGAAGUUUGAUGAUGAUUUAAGGGCGAGGAUAAAGAGUGUUAUUAAGAGCGAGUUGAGUCCUAGGCAUGUUCCCGGGGUGGUGGAGGAGUGUGGGGGAGGUAUCCCCAAGACGGGUAAUGGGAAGAAGAUCGAGGUUGCGGUGAAGCAGAUUCUUUCGGGUAUGAACGUCAAGACGAACGCGAGUGUUGCCAACCCCGAGGCCCUAGACUGGUUCAGGAGGUGGGCGGAAACCAACUAA